AUGGCGGAAGUCGCCAAAACAGACUUGGAGGAAUUUCGGGAAUUGAGAAAUUGUAUAAACCAUGUAAGUAUUUUAUUAAAACCAUCUGGAAAACGUAUACGUUUGGCUAACGCAAAAAUUGAACUACUGAAUAAACUUGGAAAUUAAAUUUUUGAAUUUUUGAAUUUUUUGGUGGCACGAUCGUUCAGGUCCUAAAUUUUUUUGACGUUACAUCUUCGGGGUGUGUAUUUAUCCUCUAUUUCUAACAUUUUCAGCCAACUCAUCGAAUAUUGCACCUCACACAUCAAAACCAUGAUCGGCAAUGGAAGUUUCACAGAACUUCAGUCAAUGUUCCAAGACAGAAAUGAAAUCGAGCACAUCAGCACAAAAUAUCAAGAAAUAACUGCAAAUUUACCAAACGAGGAAGAUACCUAACUGCAGAUCAUUACGGUUAGAGUUCUUUCGAAAAAUCUAUCGAUUAGUCGAAUUCGAACAAACUGAUCUAUUUUCUUAGAUGAAUGCAAGACAAAAGAUUCAAUUAGCUGAAAUGAUGAAAGAUAGUGGAGCAAGUUUAUGAAAAAAUGUAUGAAAUUUUAAAUCAGACAAAAGGAGAAGCGAGAGAAGAAGCUGAUGAGAUUAUUACUUUGGGUUGUAGGCAAUUUAUUGGAAAUAAUUUGGGAGAUGAAAUUGCUGAAGAAAUUGAGGAUAUGAGAUGGUCCAGAAAUGUUUCAUCGCAAUAUAGCAAAACCUUCGAGUUUGGAAUGUGA